AUGCAGUUUUUAAGAAAUAUUCUUCUACUUUUAAUUAUUUUAAUUGAAAGUUGCUUCUCUACCUCAUUAUCCUUAACUGAAAAUACUGCAUCGUUUUGGCUCACCGCUGAGUUAUUAAGUGUUGAAUGGAGAAAAGGCUGUCUCACGACAGCAGGAUGUGCUGAACCACGUUUCAACCUAAAUGAAUUUAAUACCAUUAAUAAUGAAACAAUUUCGACGAGUUGGCCUGUGACAUCGAAUAUCGUUCAGGAUAGUUCGCGACCGUUCUCAACUCACUGGAGCCAUGGAUCACCGGAGGCAAUUGUAAUUAGUUGUGAGGUAAUUGGUACUGAUCCGACUUAUAAAUUCCCGCGAGUAUGCGAUUCAACUGAUCCAUUUCGAAUCUAUAGGAACAAUAAAACAAUGAAUCGAAAUGUUCAUUCAUUUAAUCAAAUAGAAAAUAUAAAUCAAUUGGGUAAAAUGAUCAUUGAGCUAAAGGGGAAAUGUUAUAAUGCAACAAUUGCAAUCGAACGGUACGAUACGCGUUGCCCGUGGUGUUCAGAUCAUGAAAGUAUAAAUAUCAUUGAACAAUAUAUGGAGCCAGAAGCAGGAUUAGAUUUUCUGCGUUCUUUUAAUAUUCGAGAUCAUUAUUUUUAUGCGCUCAUAUUUCUAUCUGUAUUUUGCGCCAUUUUGUCGGCAUCUUUUGCAUGUUUAAUCAUAGCCUUUCUUUUCCAAAAACGCAAAUCAAAAAUGUUAUCGAGCAAGCAACGACUUUAUCACGAUCAACUGCAUACGGUUCAUCCGCUUCGAGCAUCAUCAGAUCGCGAGCAAAGCAGAUGUGAAAUUCCAUGGGAACACGGAUUGCAAUAUCGACCACUGCCAUAUUAUCAUCAUAGUAGCAAAAAUGCUAGUGGUUUUCCAACAAUAAUCGACACCACAGUAACAGGACCACUGUUCGAGCGAAAUGCAUUGCAAAAAUCGGGUACAACGAGAUUUUCGCCAAAUUCAUCACUUGGGGAAAGGCAAGAUGACAGUGGACUCGAAUCAGUAUAG